CGACGACCGCCGUCUACAGCCUACUGAUCGAAGCGCUGGACGGCGGGAACCCGCCGCUGCGAGGCUCCAUGACCGUCAACAUCACCAUCCAGGACGUGAACGACAACCAGCCCAUCUUCAACCAGAGCCGCUACUUCGCCACCAUUCCGGAGAACGCGACGGUGGGCACGAGCGUGCUGCAGGUGUUCGCGACGGACACGGACGCCGGGGAGAACGGGCAGGUGGCGUACUCCAUCAACCGGCGGCAGAGCGACCGCGAGGGCAUGUUCCGAAUCGACUCGGCGACGGGGCUCAUCGCCGUCAACCGGCCGCUCGACUUCGAGACGAAGGAGGUGCACGAGCUGGUGGUGGUGGCGCGCGAUCACGGCAUGCAGCCGCUCGAGACCACUGCCUUCGUGUCCAUCCGCGUGACGGACGUGAACGACAACGAGCCCACCAUCAACGUCAUCUUCCUCAGCGACGACGCCACGCCAAAGAUCUCCGAGUCGGCGCAGCCGGGCGAGUUCGUCGCCAGGAUCUCCGUCAACGACCCGGACUCCAAGACGGAGUACUCCAACCCCAACGUGACGCUGGAGGGCGGUGACGGCCGCUUCGGGCUGGCGACGCGCGACGAGAUCAUCUACCUGGUGAUCGUGUCGCUGCCGCUGGACCGCGAGCUGCAGCCCAACUACACGCUGAGCGUGAUCGCCACGGACACGGGCAACCCGCCGCUGCACGCCUCCAAGACGUUCCACCUGCGGGUGACGGACGUGAACGACAACGCGCCCGAGUUCGAGCGCACCGUCUACUACGCGAACGUGCUGGAGGUUGCGGACCCGGGCACGUCCGUCUUCCAGAUCCACGCCGUGGACCGCGACGAGGGCAACAACUCGGCGCUGGUCUACUCGAUCCUCGACACGCCCGACACCCACUCCACGUGGUUCCAGAUCGACCCGCGCUCGGGCCUCAUCACCACCAAGUCGCACAUCGACUGCGAGACGGACCCCGUGCCGGCGCUGACGGUGGUGGCGAUGGACAACGGCGCCACGCCGCUCUCGUCCUCCGCCACCGUGCUCGUCACCAUCCACGACGUCAACGACAACGAGCCCAUCUUCGACCAGAGCUUCUACAACGUGUCCGUUGCCGAGAACGAGCCCAAGGGACGCUGCAUCCUCAAGGUAAAUAUUCCCCUCUUCUGCUUUGCUACCAGCAUUACUUGGCUAUUCGUAAUGCGAGUGACAAGACAACGGAGGCACCACAAGUUAUGGAUGAAAGGAUUUCUCUUGGCGUAAUAAAGUCCACAAGAAACGAUCUUUUGAAAGGGAGCCUCAAAUGUAUUUCUCCGCCAACGUAAGUGAUGCAUGUGUAAUGUUUCGCCAGCUAGAACCCUCUAGGCUUACGUGUCCGCUCUUGGGGGGAGAACGUGCCGCCGAGAACAAAAGCCACCAAGACGGUCAGCGACACCCAUCUUCCGGUAGUGCGUUUGUAUGGGAAACAAUGCUAGCAGCGUCGCACGACCGAUGAGAAUACAUAUCCGUACGUGCGUGCUGCGUCGGAUUGGGAAGGGUGCGGUUGGGAAGUUCUGGCGGGGUUAGGAUGCAACAGAACGGGUCAGACGGGACACGGCGAAUCGACUCGCAAGAGUGAAGGUGGCGCGCGUGGGUUUGAGCCAUCGCUAAAUACACGCGGUUGGCUCAUUUCGCUGACUUAGGGAACGUCGUGCAGUGAAAGUGAACUUGAAGAGACAUCUUAUU